AGGCAAAAUUAUCAUUUUGUUUUGCUAUGCCUUUUCUAGAGGGUUGCUGUGAAAAUCAUCAAUGAUGAUACGCUGUUGCUCCGUGCUCACCUGAUUGACCUAGAUUUCGUGAGGAUCGAGUAGCAUAAUGAGUUUUUCACCUAAAGUAUUAGCCAACAUAAAGCAAGCAAAAGAUUCAGAUGAAGAUGAGCAGGAAUUUCCACUACUGAAAGUAUUGAAAACUUUUCCAGAAACUGCAAACGUAAUUGACCCAAUUGAAGAAAUCCUUCCUAGAUGCGAAGAUUUCAAGGAACAUGUUGAAAUCGGCGUUGAUCCUCUGUUCAGCAAUAUGGAGACAUUUGACCCAAAUAGCUUCGUCGGUGCUUAUAAAGACACGGAAAUCACAAAGACUGAUGAGAGCGACGAGGACGAAGACAAUGCAACAAAUCGGCAAGGCAAAAGGACACGACUUCCAGAGGAGUUACUGGGACGCAACGGCUUUAUGUGGAGCACAAGCAAAGCUUCAGCAAUUAACAAUUUCGACUCCGCAUUACAACUUCUACAACCGAAAGGGAAGGGUCCAGCGCAUACAAUAAACAACAUAUUAGAAAUGUGGAGUUUGCUUGUGGAUGAGCAAAUCGUUUCUCAAAUAGUACACUAUACCAAUGUACACAUUAAACAACGAAAAACAAAGUUGCCCCAUCAGCGAUUGAUCGAUGCCGUGGAACUCCGCGCCUGGUUAGGCCUAAAUUAUCUAUGCGGAAUUUUUCGUAAUGCAACACAUAAUGGACCACUAGAUGAAUUAUGGUCACUGGAGCUGGGCAAUGCCAUUUUUCGAGCCACUAUGUCUCUCAAGAGAUUCAAGUUUAUUUCAGAAAGUUUACGUUUCGGCGAUAAUGUUAAGCAAGUCAAGAAACCAGAAUCGGAUGCUAUAUUGGAUAUAUGGAACAAGUUCUUAGUAAAUUGUCGGUCGUAUUAUGCACCCAGUGGCAAUUGUUCCGUGGCCGAAGUGGUAAUGAAUUUCACAAAUGUAAAAGAUGUGCCUCGAUUACUGAUGCUAUGCGAUGUCAAAACAUUGUACAUGUGUAAUGCCGUUCUAAAUUCCUCUGGAGAGUAUAAAGACCGUGACGUAUUGCGUCUUGCAUCUGACAUAAAAGGCAGUAAGCGUAAUAUCGUGCUCUCUUCGCAAUUCACAAGCGCAGAACUAGCGAAGAAACUUUUGGAAAAGGAACUGUCUGCUCUCGGUAGUUUGCCACAUACUGCUAAGGAAGUACCGCCAGAGUUCAUUUCGAAUAGUUGUUCAGUGCGAAAACUGUAUUCCAACUCGAUUAACUUAAUAUCUUGUCAACAAAAUGUAGGCAUUUUACUAACCUGCGGUAUUCCGAACAAAAUAAAAGUGGAACAUUUGUAUAGCUUAAGUUGCAACGCUUGUCGGAACUAUCAAGAAAUAGUUGGCAUGUACUCCACCAGUCAUGCCACCCAGCAAAUUCACAAUUGUUGGUCACUGACAUUCUUUCAAAAUAUACUUGACUAUGCCAUUGUUAAUGCCUGGAUAUUAUUUGUACUAUCGUCCAAUGGUGAUGGCAGUAUGAAGCAACGAGACUUUCAGCGACACCUUGGGCUAUAUCUAACACAGCAACAACUCAAACGACAGCUUCAAUCUAAUCGUCUCACUUUGCCACAGAAGGUACAAAUUUCAGAAGUGCUGGGUGAACCAACCAGUCAGCUGUUUGACGAGGCCAAGGCAGCUAGCGCAAAAGAUAUAUGUACCAUGACUAUACCGCACGAUAAACUUAAAUUACCGGACGGAGUUAAAUUACUGCCGAAAAAUUUAAAAACUCGCUUGAAUUGUCGGAAAUGCCCCAGCAAAAUUUCGCGAAAAACUAAAACGAGGUGUCAACAAUGCUUAAGGCCACUUUGUCAGAAACAUUUUGUUUUGCGCUGCUGCGAUUGUACCGGUGUUGUGGAAGCGGAGGUCGAAACGAAGGAAAAUGCCAUUGAAGAGGGACCCGAUCAGGCAUUGAACGAAAGUGAUCGAGAAGAAGGACAAGACGAAAGCGACAUUUAAUUUACCAUAAUUAAACUAAUUGUUAGUGUAUAUUUUGAUAAAAAUAAUCAAAGUUUUUUUAUGUAUGUAUGUACAUA